UUGGUGCUCAAAUAUAAACAUUCUUCCACCACAGCUUUUUAGCGGUAGGGGUCGAGUAAACACAGGCUAAUUCUGCUCUGUUUUUUCAGCCAUGGAGGAACAAAUUAUGAUGGGGAAGUCUUCCUCUUCCUUAUCAUCGCCAGACUCGAAUUCGAUGGUUUCGACAACGGUUGGUCGAGUCUUAAACACUUUGCUCAGUGCUCGUUCCAAGAAACUCCAAGACGCCAUUUCUCGUCUCGAUUCCACUCCCAGAUCAGGCUCACUUGGUGUUUCUUUGGGACAAUCACUGUGGUUUCUUAACAAGUACAUUAGAGACGCAGCCGAGGAGGAGUUAUUGGACCAAGUUCUUGUUCCCUUUAUCGAACACUCACUCAAACUCAAGGAGUCAAAGCACAACAACCAAGUGAUGAUACUUCUUAAUUGGAUUUUUCAAGAUGAAUUUCUUUUUGAAGUCCUUGCAACAAAUCUUGCCAGCAUUUUAUUGAGAAAAGAUGAUCGUUAUAUUGCACUUGGCUGGUGUACACUUGUAAGAGGUCUUGUGGAGUACGAGAUAAGUAUGGACCAGUCAAUAACAAGUGGAAUAAGGGAGAAGUACAGUGUUCUAUUGAAGAUACUUUGUUCAUGUAUUCCACAUCUUUUAUCUAUUGUAUAUAAUGGAAGCACUUUGCAGGGCGGAUUUGAGUUGCCAACACGCCUUUCUGUGGCUGCUGCUGAUUGCAUUUUAGCUCUGACUGUAGCAUUAACAAAAAAGGAUCUAGCUUCUGAUGAUUCAGAUAAUGGGCAAAAAUCUUUUAAUCCAAACGCAUCAAAGUUGCCUAUCACCUCAGUUCCUGCUGCUUUUAGUGAGAAGAAAGUGGAAACAACUAGUAGAUCUCCUGAUAUCUCAAAUAACAUGGAAAUGAAAUUGCUGCUUUGGAAUCAUCUAGAUGACCUCAUUAUUCUUGUGCAGAGACUGACUGCUUGGAGCAGAAAAAGCCAGUUUUUGCAUGCAAAAGGAUUGGAGGAUGCGCUUAAGUGGCUGCAAGGGACAAAAGAGCGUUAUGAUUGCUUUCAGAAUGAGGCAGGUUCACAUGUGCUCAAGACUGGACUAUUGCUUCUAUCUUCUUGUUGGAAACAUUACGGCGUGCUAUUGCACUUGGAACAUCGAGGAUUUUCUCAGCAUUACAAAGAACUAUUGGACCAGUACUCGUCAGGAAUUCAGUUUUAUGCAGACAAUUACACUGAAGAGAACGCAGAGAAUAAAGACAGUGGAAUAGAGACCAUAAGAUUUUUCAUAAAUUGCCUUUCCCUUCUAUUGGGGCGUUUUGAUAACAAGCAAUUUGAAAGUGCAAUAUCAGAAUAUGGGUUGCAGAUAUCUCGUGUUCUUAUAUCACAGCUUCGCUAUGCUGAUGAGGAUGUUAUUGAUGGUGCUGUUUGCAUCCUGAAGGCGAUCAUCUUUAAAGCAAAUUAUUCUUUGUCCAGGAGCAGUCUCCCUGACACUAGACAGAUGGAAUUUGUAUUACCUUUGCUACUAAACCUUCUAGAUGAAUGGGAUGGCACUACCAGAGCCAUUGUCAUGCUCAUUGCAGAAUAUUGCUCCAUGAGCUCAGGUAGCCGGUGCCUUCAAGAAGUUCUAAAGCGUCUUUCUUCUGGAAACAUUUUACAGAGGAAAAAUGCUGUUGAUGUCAUUUCCGAACUUAUCCAUCUAUCACCAGAUUUUAUAUAUUGCAGGCAAGAUAUAGCAAACCACUUGCUGGAGCGGAUUGGGGACGAAGAAUUGAUAAUUCGAGCUCAAGUGUCCAAUUUGAUUCCAAUGAUGGACCCUUCACUAGUCCUGCCUGCUUUACUUCGUCUUAUUUUCUCCUCAAGUGAAAGAGUUCAGUCAUCUGCUAGUAACACUCUCCUAGCGGUGCUCAAAUAUCAUAACAAAAAAGUUGAAGUUAUAUGCAUGUUGUUCGACUGUCUAAGCAGUCUUUGCCAAAAUCCAGAUCUUCCAAAUACUUCUGGUGAUCGGGGAGAAGGGUUGAAGUUGGAUGCUGAUAGAGUGCUCAAGCUGAUCCCAGAGUGGUCAAAAAAUGUUGAAGAUUGGAACUUGUUGAUUGGUCCAUUGAUUGACAAGAUGUUUGCAGAGCCAUCAAAUGCAAUUAUUGUCAGGUUUCUCAGUUACAUAAGUGAACACUUAGCGAAUGCUAAAGAUGUAGUCUUCAAUCAACUUCUGUUGCAUACACAAGGGCAGAAAAAAUGGGAGAGUAGGACCUAUUCAAGUGAUGACUCUGUGGAAUUGCAGCAAUCUUUGUUUUGUCGCCUUUGUCCAUUACUUAUAAUCAGGCUGCUUCCACUUAGAGUUUUUGAUGACCUCAAUUCUUCUACUGUCUAUGGUGAACUUCUCAAUCAAAGUGUUCUGCAUGAUGCUGUAUAUUUUGACAUCAACAACACUGAGUGUGUUGCUGCACUUCUUCUCAACAGGGCAAUUAAUAAGUACGAAUUUGAAGAUGUUCGAAAACUUGCAGCUGAGCUCUGUGGCAGAAUUCAUCCCCAGGUGCUCUUUCCCAUUAUUUCCUCUCAAUUGGAACAUGCUACUAAAGCUCAGGAUGUACUGAAGAUAAAAGCUUGUCUGUUUUCACUUUGCACAUCCCUUGUGGUUAGAGGCAGGGGUUCAAUUUUGCCUCCUGUAAUGCUUAAAAUAAAAGAAGCAAUAGGAACUGUUCUGUCAUGGCCUUCGCUGGAUGGAGAUGAAGUUUCCAAAGCACAGCAUGGGUGUAUUGAUUGUCUAGCACUGAUGGUAUGUACUGAACUACAAGCUUCAGAAUCCUUCAGUGACUCUACCUCAAAGAAAAUGGGCAUUGUUGGAAAGAAUAGAUGUUCUGGUUAUGCUGGCUCGAAAUUUUCAGUCAUCGCUUAUGUUAUUCAGCAAUUGACGUGUGAUAAUAAUGAAUUGAGUGGGAAGUUCAUGUCUGAGGCGUCAGUAUGUCUCUCGUCUCGCCUCUGCAUGGCUAAUGUCCUCAUUAGUGCUUGUCAAAAGAUCUCCGACUCUGGCAAGAAACAGUUGGCUCGAAAAAUUCUUCCGCGUCUCAUUCAUUCUGUGGGGCUGAUGGUGGAAUCCGAGAUUAGAGCUGCAUGCAUCCAGGUUCUCUUUUCAGCUGUAUACUAUCUGAAAUCUGCGGUCAUUCCCUACUCCUCUGAUCUUCUCAAAGUCGCUCUGAAAUCUCUCAAAGAAGGAUCAGAAAAGGAAAGGAUGGCUGGUGCCAAAUUAAUGGCAUCUCUCAUGGCAAGUGAAGAAAUGGUUGUCGAGAGUAUCUCAGGGGCACUACUUGAAGCAAAAGCAGUGCUAUCAAGUGUAUCAUCAUCGGAGCUUUCACCCGAACUAGAAGAAGUGUGCAAACAAUUGCUUAUAUGUUUAACGGCUCUCUGAGUUGUUUUAUUCUGUAUAGUGCUUUUGUAAAUGUACCACCGCUAGUUCUUUCAUUUGAUUGUGUGUAGUAGAGAUCAAACAUAAAAUUAUGUAAUUCUGUGUUUCUUCAUGCUAUAGCACAUUUUGGGAUCAGUGUGGAUCUGUCAUAAAAUUGGGCAACUUGGUGA